AUGCCGAUGUGGUUGAUGAUGAUGAAAGGCCGCGAAAAAUUCACGCGAGAAUUCUGCCAAGACGAGCAUGUGCAGAUCACGUGCACAAGGCCUCAUGACGUCAUCGUCAUUUUAGAGGCCAAGUAUGGAAGGAUGAAAAUAGGAAAAUGUGUAAAAGGAGAUUAUGGUGGUACUGGGUGUGUGAUGGAUGCACUCUUCCACUUGGACCACAUGUGCACGGGCGCCCAGGAGUGCAGAUUCAGGGUUUUCGAUGCCACAACGCUUCGAGAGCGCACUGCCUGCCCUGAAGAUGUUGCUGCUUACAUUGAAGUCACGUACGCCUGCGUCAGAGCUCUAGAGACCGAAUCAAACGAAUGUCUCGUCCACAAACGCAUAACAACGCAAGCGAGAGCAACAACAUCGACACUAUCAACAACAACAUCAACAAAGCACCUAAACAACAACAACAACAUCAUCAACAACAACGACGACGAUGACGAUCGCAUAUACCUCAGCAGUGUACAGACACUGAAGCACAACUUCGCCUCACCGUCAUGCCCAUGGUUAAUAACGACAACCAGAGGGCAGCAAAUCACUUUAUACCUGCGUUACGUCUCGCCAGAAUACCAAGAAAGUACCGAUAAAUACCGAAAACACAAUACCGAUCAUCAAAAAUACCGACACGGUAACUCCUUACAGAAUUCAAAUCGCUUCAAAACCGAUUUCAAACCGAUAUGCUACGAUCUGCUAACGAUCGAAGAUAUCGACCAAAUCAUAACGAACCGGCGAAUGCUUACCAACAUCAUCUUACCAUCAACUAACAACAACAUCAACAGCAUUCGUCACAUCCCUAUUCCAGACCACGUGACCAGGGUGACCACGUGCCACGCAACCGGAGGGGAGGAGAGUGAAUUGUUGAAGUCGAAAUUCAGUAACGUGGUUGUGACCACGGUUGCCAAGCAACAAUUGGAAGGUUUGGGCAGGUUUCUUCUUAGAUACAAAGCAGCGUAUAAAUUGGAAGAAAAAUGUAAAAAAAUUGCCGAAACCAGAAAUCAGGUCUUAAAUUUAAUUCCUAAUGUAGCACGGACAGAGGCACAAAAACGUACUGAGUUAAAAAAAAGAAAGAGCUACGAAGAAAAAAAGGAGAGAUAA